AGUAAGAAGCAUGUCGUCACCUGUCAUGCGUUCAGCAGCGCUGCUGUGCCUCCUGCGGGCUGUCAGCAUCACUGCUGAGAUGGACAGCGGCUCCUUCCUGAUCUUCAACCAGGACCACAACAAGUGCGUGAAAGUGUUGCACGCUUCGUCCAUCACGCUGGCCUCCUGCGAGCCCCAUGCCAAAGACCAGCAGUUCCGUUGGGCCUCCGAGUGGCGGCUGCUCAGCCUGUCCCUCAACCUGUGCCUGGGGGCCACCGAGAUCAAAGACUGGGUGAAGGUGCUGCUCUUUCAGUGUGAUGAGAGCAGCGAGCUCCAGCAUUGGCAGUGCAAGAACGAGACGCUCUUUGGUCUCAGGGACCAGGACCUGCACUUCAACUGGGGAAAUCGGAACGAGAGGAACAUCAUGAUUUAUAAGGGCUCAGGUGUCUGGAGCCGUUGGAGGAUAUACGGCACCAACAAAGACCUUUGUUCCAAAGGCUAUCAAGAGGUUUUCACAAUCGGAGGUAAUUCCUUUGGAGCUCCGUGUCUGUUUCCAUUUAAGUUUGGGGAGCAGUGGUACUCUGAAUGCACCAAAGCGGGACGCUCGGAUGGACAGCUGUGGUGCGCCACAGAGGACAAUUAUAACAUCAAGAAGAAGUGGGGCUUCUGUCCCACCACAGUAUCUUCAGGCUGGGACACAGACCCGGUGACAGGGGUCAAGUACCAGAGGAACGCUCAGUCAGUGCUGACGUGGCAUCAGGCCAGGAAAAGCUGCCAACAGCAAGGAGCCGACCUUCUCAGCAUCGUGGAGCUCCAUGAGCAGUCGUACAUUUCAGGACUAACCAGCACUUUGGGCACUGCCCUGUGGAUCGGACUCAACAGUUUGGACUAUGAGGGGGGGUGGCAGUGGAGCAACGGAAACCCUUUCCGAUAUUUAAACUGGGCCCCAGGGAAUCCCUCAUCCGACCCCGGAAUGAACUGCGCCACCUUAAAUGCUGCCAAAGCUUCCAAAUGGGAAACCAGCACCUGCACCAAGAAGCUGGGCUACAUUUGUCGUAAAGGGAACGCCACAGGUCUUCCUCCACCACCAAUUAAGCAGCACAGCUUCUGCCCUAAUCACUGGGUUCCUUACGGUGGGAACUGUUACUUCCUGGAGAGGAGUAAAAAAAUGUGGAAGGACGCCUUGACUGCAUGCCGCAAAGAAGGAGCAGACUUGGCCAGCAUUCAUAAUAUCGAAGAGCAGAGCUUUAUCAUCGCUCAGUCUGGAUACGUGGCAGCCGAUGUGCUCUGGAUUGGUUUGAACGACGAAGCCAACCAGAUGUUGUUCGAAUGGUCCGAUCGUUCCCAAGUCACCUUCACCCAGUGGAUGACAGACGAGCCCUCUCAUGCCACCAACCACCAGGAGGACUGCGUCCUCAUCAGAGGAAAGAAUGGGAGGUGGGCUGACCACCCGUGUGAGAAGGCGCUUGGCUACAUCUGCAAGAUGAAGGCCUCCUCGAAACUGGCAGAAGGCACUCAUGAAGAAACCAACCCGGGAUGCCAGCUGGGGGCCGUCAGGUACGGGUCCUACUGCUACACCAUUGGAGCUGAGAAGAAAACAUUUGAUGACGCCAAGCAGGUGUGCUCUCAGCAUGGGGGCAACCUUGUCGAUGUGGCAGACAGGUACGAGAACGCCUUCUUGACCAGUUUGGUGGGCUUGAGGCCAGAGAAGUACUUCUGGAUGGGAUUCUCCAAAAGAGAAAACACGCACUUAUUCACAUGGACCACCAGGAGAAAAGUCACCUUCACUCAUUUUAAUGUGGACAUGCCAGACAGAAAACUAGGCUGUGUUGCCAUGACAACGGGGAUAUUUGCCGGCUUGUGGGAGGUGGUCAGCUGCAGCAACAAGGAGAAGUACAUCUGCAAGAAGCCAGCAGAGGGCGUUCACGUGACCACGGUCCCGCCCACUACUCCCGCCCUAAACUGCGCCUCCGGGUGGACACCCGUGUCCAACAGGAACGUCUGUUUCAAACUUUACAAAAAGACAGACCCGAAGAAGACUUGGUAUGAGGCUCGCUACUUCUGCAGGGCCAUCGGCGGCGACCUGCUGAGCAUCCACAGCUCAGAGGACCUGAGCAAUGCACAGUUUCAUUCUUCAGAUGCAGCCUGGAUCGGCCUAAGCUUCCUUGGUACCAAUGAAGGUUUUGUCUGGACUGAUGGAUCGCCUUACGAAUUUGAGAAUUGGGGCUAUGGGGAGCCAAACAACUACAAUGACAAUGAACACUGUACAGAAGUGCAGGCCUACUACGGGCGCCACUGGAACGAUCGCCACUGCGAGGUGUACAACGACUGGAUCUGCCAGAUACGCAAAGGUGUGACUCCCAAAGCCGACCCCGUCAUAAACAUACCAAAGUACAACACCACAGAGGAUGGAUGGCUCAUCUACAACGACUCGCAAUAUUACAUCAACAACGACCUCCAGCCGAUGGAAUCUGCUAGAGCAUUCUGCCAAAAAAACUUUGGCGAACUGGCUGUCAUCACAGCCGAGAGUGAGAGGAAGUUCCUUUGGAAGCAGAUCUCACAGGGUUCAGAGGGCCAGUACUACAUAGGCAUGAUUGUCAAUUUGGACAAAUCCUUCAGCUGGCUAGACGAAACCCCGGUGACAUACACCGCUUGGGAACACAAUGAACCCAACUUUGCCAACAAUGAUGAAAACUGUGUGACCAUAUACAAGAGCAUGGGCUACUGGAAUGAUAUCAACUGUGGACUUCAGCUACCGUCUAUCUGCAAAAGAAGCAGUAGUUUUGUCAACACAACGAUGCUUCCCACCGCUAUUCCUCAAGGUGGAUGUGCCCCGGAAUGGAUCGCCUUCCGAGGCAAGUGCUACAAGAUCAUGGGCACUGACAAGAAGACUUGGCAGGAUGCCAGAACGUACUGCAAAAACCAAGGAGGAAAUCUGGUUUCUGUCGUCAAUGAGCCUGAGCAAGCUUUUUUGACAACACAGAUGCUGACCUACGGUGAGGACCUGUGGAUCGGCAUGAAUGACGUCAACUGGGAAAUGCGUUUUGUGUGGACGGAUGGUAAAGGCAUUUCGUACACCAACUGGGCCAAAGGGCACCCAACGUCAACACCUGAAGGCCGCUUCUCCUUCAUGGAUGAGGAGAUUUUCGACUGUGUGAUUAUGGUGGGCGGCAUUUCAAAACUAAUAGGACUCUGGAAGGUGGAAGACUGCAAUAGCAAACGUGGCUUUAUCUGCAAAAGAAACAUUGAUUCUCAGAUUGCGGUGGCGACCACCAAGGUGUCGCCAAAGGCCUUCUCCAAGCUGGGCAAUGACUCCUUCAAACUGGUGACUCAGAAGAUGCGUUGGGAUGAGGCAAGAAGGCAGUGCCAAGCGGAUGACGCCGACCUGGCUAGCAUCCUCAACCCGGUGACCCAGGCGUAUGUCACCCUGAUGAUGGCAAAGCACCGCGAACCCGUGUGGAUUGGCCUCAACAGCAAUGUGACAGGAGGACGCUACAAGUGGGUGGACAACUGGCUUCUCUCUUUCACCAAAUGGGGCAAAGACGAGCCUAAAAGUAACUACGGCUGUGUGUACAUGGACAUAGACACAUCCUGGAAGACGGCACCUUGCAGUAACACCUACUAUUCCCUUUGCAAGAGUUCCCUCGACUUGGCACCCACGGAGCCUCCUCAGCUCCCCGGUAACUGUCCAGAUGCUAAGAACGGGAGAAUCUGGAUACCCUUCAGAGGUCAUUGUUAUUCGUUCUUCAGCUCGGUAUCGGACUCCUGGGCCCACGCCUCUGUGGAAUGUCUGAAAACGGGCGCAUCUCUGGUAAGCAUCGAGGACCCGCAAGAAAGUCUUUUCAUCCAACAAAACCUGGAACUUCUUCAGGACGGUGCCAAGAACUUCUGGAUUGGCAUGUAUAAGAGCCAUGAAAGUCAGUGGAUGUGGAUCGACAACAGCGUGGUGGACUUCACCAACUGGGAGAAGGGAAUGCCACAGUCUGAGUCAUGUGUGGACGUUCAUUCUGAGAGCGGGAAAUGGAGUACAACCAGCUGCCGCAGAUACAGAGCGUAUAUCUGCAAAACACCUAAAGUUGUCACACCCACAGAAAAGCCUCCAUCUGUUGCUCAUAUAGUGGAAGAGAUUACCCAUGGGUCUGCUGGCGUCACCGUGGCUGUGGUGCUGAUAGUGAUUUCACUAGCAGGACUUGGUGGCUUCCUGAUCUUCAGAAAAAAGAUACCUACAUCUGUGUUGGGGGAGUCCAACUUUGACAACAAGUUAUACUUCAACAACCCAAUCCGAGCUCUGGUGGACACCAAGGGCCUGGUGGCCAACAUAGAGCAGAAUGAACAAUCAUAAACAAUAUUCAUUUCUCACCAGAUCAACAACCUUCAUAGUUGUGCUCAUAUGUUUCCAUUGUGAGGACUGGAACUUGGCUCAUCUUUUCUAAGAUGACGUGUAUAUAAAUAUAUAUAUUUUUGUUACUUUGGAAAAUCAACAGGUGACAAUAUUUGAAGAUGAUUUCUAUUAAUGGUCCAGAACUUUGUUUGUUUUUCCCACUGGCUGCCAU